AUGACCCCACUCAUAAUGGAAACGUUGCCCACUCGUUGGGAGAUCGAAUUGGAGUUUGUGCAGUCAUUGUGCAAUAUCCAGUACCUCCAGUACUUGACUCAAAACAAUUAUCUCAAGGAUGAGAGGUUUAUUGAGUACUUGAAGUACUUGAGAUAUUGGCAGAAACCCGAGUAUGCCAAGUACUUGGUGUAUCCCAACUGCUUGCACGUGCUCCUGUUGUUGCAGAACAAGGAGUUCCGCGAUGGGUUGGUACGGGUAGAAGUGGUUGAGGGCUUGAUGAACGAAAUGGUUGGAAGAUGGGCAGGGACCAAUUCCAAUGGAAACGAGACCCAGACGAACGGCGAGGCCGAAGAGGUGGCGGAAAAAGAGGCAGGAAAUGAGAAGAAGGAGCCCAUAGAAAUGGCUCUAAAGGUGUCUCCAGCAGAACUUCUAUUUCUUGUGUCGUUUUUGGCCAACUUUGUGGUCGGAAAGAUAGUCCAUUACUUCUCUCCCGAUGAAGAGGUCUACAGCUAUUACACCAAUAAGAAGAACUUCAUCAACCAGCUAUUCGUGAAGCGAGGAUGGGGAUGGACCACUCUUUUUGUGGCGGUGUUCUAUGCAUUGGUUUUGACCAGAUCUAAGCCUGCUGGUGCCAAAAGAGAACCAAUGGUGAGAGUGAUUGGAGCAGCAGCAGUGAGGUAUGCCCUCGUGACGUUGUGGUGGGUGUUGUUUACCCAAUGGUGCUUUGGAUUGCCGCUCAUGGACAAGAUAUUUGUGUGGACAGGUGGAAAGUGUGAGGUCAACAGCGUGAAAGAAGGCUUCGAGGAAUUGUUCGAGAUGGCCUCGCAUCCAUUCAACACUGAGGCAGUCAAGAGUGACUUACAGACAUUCACUUCUACCGUGGUAUCGUCGUAUCAGUGCAGAAGACUCAAGGGUUCAUGGACAGGAGGCCACGAUCCUUCAGGGCAUGUAUUUCUUAUGAUACAUUCGUCCCUCUACAUGUUCUUGGAAGGGUUGCCAUUCUGGGCCUCGUGGACCCAGCUCUGGAACGAGACUACGAAAGUGGCCCGCCAGAUUCGCCACGAGAACCGCUGGAACGGAAUUGGACCCUACGUGCAUUCCAACCCCCACAUUUUAUUUGUGGCGUUGAUCGGGUUGUGGUGGUUCAUGCUCUUCAUGACGAACGUGUACUUCCACUCGAUUGCUGAAAAGUUCGUAGGGCUAUUAUUCGGUUAUCUGGGAAUUUUUGCGGUGUAUUAUGCUCCUAGAUGGCUUGCUACAGAAACCAAAAAGAAUAGAGUGGAUUAGAUAGAAGUGACAGAUCGCGUGGUUAAAGGUCUAUAAGGCAUAAGGUCCCCGGAAGGCCAACGUAUAUAGGAAUAGAUAUUGCAUCACUUACUUCUUAUACCCUUUUUAAAAGCUAACUGUAAGAGAGGAGUGAAAAGCGACAGAAAAUAUAGGUAGUGCUGUUCGUUAUUGAUCCACAACACUUGUGAGACAAGAGUUGCCGAACGGUGUCUUAAAAACAGACAGAUAUUUCGGCAAGAUUCACGGUAUGAGGUGAAGCAAAUUGUUUUAAAAAAUUAAUGCCUUCAAAUCUUCACUGAAUUGGCUCUUAUUGUAUUGACCACAUAGUAAUAU